GUCUCCGCAUACUACAGAGAAAAACGCAGUAAAAAAGUUUUAAGUGAAAAUUUUUCUUAUUCGUGCGCCAAAAAUAAUAAUUUUCCCAUUAAAACUAACAAACAUAAACAAAUAAUGCAAAAGUUGUUUAAAAUAAAAGGAAAAUUUAUAGAAAAAAUAAUAAUUGUUUAAGGAAAACGAGUCUCACCAGGAAAAAUUAUAGCCUCCCUCAAUAAAAGGCGUAACAAAACAAGCGAAAAAAAAACAAAUCUACAGUCUGUCUAAAAGAAAAAAACUUAAAGAACUUUGUUAAAUUUAGAAUUUCACCAAGAAAAUCCGUAUUUUUUUGGAGGAAAUGUUUAAUAAUUUAUUGCAAAAGUGGCGUUUGUAAGCGAUAAUUUAAGUUUUGAACGAUAUUUUCUUCAGAAAAUGCAGCAAGUGGACGAUCCACCCUAUCUCCAAGUGGGCACGGAGGUUAGUGCCAAAUACAAGGGAGCCUUCUGUGAGGCCAAAGUUAGUGAAGUAGUACGCAAUAUAAAAGUUAAGGUUGCCUACAAGCAAGGUCUCGGCUCGGGCGUUGUUUCGGAUGACGACAUUAAAGCCUCUCCUGGACAAUUAAGAGUUGGUGCUGUGGUCGAAGUACGUCAUCCAGAUCGUAAAGAUUAUGUAGAGGCCACGGUCACUAAAAUACAAGAUUGCUCCCAGUAUACAGUGGUUUUCGAUGAUGGCGACAUCACUACUUUACGUCGUACAGCUUUGUGCAUUAAAAGUGGUCGCCAUUUCAAUGAGAGUGAGACUUUGGAUCAGUUGCCCCUAACGCAUCCCGAGCAUUUUGGCAAUCCGGUGGUGGGAGGUCGUCGUGGCAGGCGUCGGGGCCAAAUGAACGACGACAGCUCGGAUGAAGAUGACGAAAGUGACGCCAAGGAAGUAAUCAAUGAGAAGGAAGAGCACAUUGGCAAAGUUGUUUGUGUGGAGACAGAAUCAAAGAAAAAGGAUAAAGAGAAAUGGUUUCCAGGUUUAGUGGUGGCUCCUACAGCCCAGGCUACUGUGCGUAUACGUGUUAAAGAUGAAUAUUUGGUGCGUUCAUUCAAAGAUGGUCGUUAUUAUACGGUGCCUAAAAAGGAGGCCACCGAGUUUACACGUGAGGCGGCUGCUAAACAAGAUGGCCCUGCGGUGCAAGCUGCUCUGGAGUAUUUGGAUAGCGAUGUCUUACCUAACCAUUGGGAUCGUGAUGUUUUGUUUGGUCUCAGCAACUCUUCAAGUGAAAAUGAAGAUGAAAUUGAUUCGGAUUCCUCAGAUGAUGAGCCGCGUGAGGAAAAAGAUCGUUUUGUAGCCCAACUCUACAAAUACAUGGAUGAUCGUGGCACGCCUCUUAACAAAGUGCCCUCUAUACAAAAUAAAGAUGUAGAUCUCUAUCGUUUAUUUCGUGCUGUUCAAAAGCGUGGCGGUUAUAAUCGUGUAACUUCACAAAAUCAAUGGAAAUCUAUUGCUGUACGUCUAGGCUUUGCCCCCGUUACGGUUAGCAUUACGAAUUUGGUGAAACAAGCCUUUAAGAAAUUUCUACAGCCUUAUGGAGAGUUUCAUCGUAAGUUGGGCUGUUCAAUGUUAAUGUCACCCCGCAAUUCCAAUCGUAGUAAGGGACGCAGUUUAGUUCGUGCCAACUCAGUAGCUUCACCCAAACCACAAGAAGUCAAUAAAGAAGUCUCUACGCCCAUUUCAAAACUAGCCACCACUUCAACCAGCAGUUCUUCAUUAGCUUUAGCCUCUACACCCUCAUCUUCUACUGCAGCCAAUGCCUCCAUUACCGAAGAAUCGGAAAAUACUAGUGAAUCUAGUAGCCAAGAAACUGUACAAAAAAAUAAACGUAAAUCUUCAUUAGGCGGUGCAUCCACCACUUCAACUACCAAAGUCAAAAGUUUAGUAGAGAAAUAUGAAGAGAAAACUGUAAAAGAUAAAGAUGAAGGAGAUGUGCCUUUGUCCAAAAUAAAAGCUGCUGCAGCUAGCAAGGAACGUGAAAAAGAGGAUGCUAAGGAAAAAGAACGCGAAAAGGAGCGUGAGAGGGAGAAGGAAAGAGAACGCGAGAAAGAAAGAGAACGUGAAAAGGAGAAGGAAAAAGAGAAAGAACGUGAAAAAGAAAAGGAAAAAGAGAAGGAAAAGGAAAAAGAACGUGAGCGCGAAAAGGAAAAAGAAAAGGAACGUGAGAGAGAACAACGCGAUCGUGAAAGAGAAAGAGAUAAAGAAAAGGAGAAAGAGAAGGAUAAAGAAAGUGGCGGUUCUAAGGAUUCUUCGGGACAAGUAACACGCGACUCAUCACCAUCUGGUUCAAAUGUUUCUAACAAAAAGGAUAAGACACAACGCAAGCAGUCUUCCCAGAACGAUGACAAACGUAGCAAUAAACGUCGUAAAGAUGAAAUAGUUGUAGAAAAGAUAGAUACAGGUGACUUUGUGGUAGAAACGGGUGAUAAACUAAAAGUCUAUUAUCAUGAAAAGAAAGUGACAUACGAGGCUAAGGUUAUAGAAAUAACUUUACAACGUGGUACACCCAUGUAUUUGGUACAUUAUACUGGUUGGAAUAAUCGUUAUGAUGAAUGGGUACCAAGGGAACGUAUUGCUGAAAAUUUAACUAAAGGAUCGAAAUUUAAGGGUGGUGGCAGAAUAUCUAGUUCAAGUGAAAAAUCUAAGGAAAAUCCACCAAAACCACCAUCAGCAGCUUCAUUGGCUUCGACACCAGCUGGAUCGGCCACAAAUAGUGCAGCCUCCUCGACAUCAUCUACUACACAACAAGCGGUAGUAUCAGCCUCGAAAACACCCAUAGCAGCUGGUAAACGGGGUCGUGGACGUAGUGAUUCUAUGCCUCCGAGAUCAACUACACCUUCCUCAGUGGCCUCGAACUCUAGUCGUACCAAAUCACCAGCAACAUCAUCGGCUUUGAAAAAACGUCCUCAAAGGCAAACACCCAAUUCGGCUAGAAGAACAUCGGCUAAUGUUUCAGAUGUUUCUAUAGCUACCGAGGAAGAGUCGGAUACAGAUUCUGAUGAACCUGUUAAAAGACCUAUACGCAAUAUGAAAGACUCUGCUAAAGGAUUAAAGUCUCCCGCUAAAUCUAAACAAUCAAUAUCAGCGCCCAAUAGUCAAUCGGAUACCGAUGAUCAAGAUGAUGAGGAGGAUGAUGAUGAAGAUAUGCCAAGUACCAGUAAGUCUUUGGUACAACGUAAAGGACGUGACUAUGAUCUAAAUCAAAUACGUUCUGAACUAAAGGGAUUCCAGAGUAUAAAAACCUCCAUAGAAAAUGAGGAUUCGGCAAAAGAAAUAAAGGAUAGUAAGGAAAGUAGUAUCCUUAAUAAAAUUAAAAUGGAAAAGAAUGAGUUUGAUAUGAAGACAUCAGUAAAUCCAUUAAACUCUUCUUCACUUAAUCUGAAAGAAGAAUGUAAACAGGAAACUAAAGAAGAGCCACGUAAACGUUCUUCUACUGAGAUUUCCUCAGAAACUGAUUCGUUUGGUGAUGAUGAGUCGCAAUCUUCUGAUAAGACUACACAACUCGAAAACAUGAGAAAGAAAUUCCAACAAAUAAUAAAUGCUGAAAAAUUAAGAUCAUUAGAUAAGCCACAAAUGGUAUCUAAAACUCCCACCACAUCCAUGGGUAGUACUCGAGUGGUGGAGAAAAUCAUUAAAGAACGAGAAAGUGAGAAAAGACAGGAAACCAUAAAAGCUAAACCUUUUAUAAAACAAGAGGAAUCUAAAUCAUCGGUGGGUGUUAUAAAUAUAAAACAAGAACCAGAUUUGAAAACGGAAGCAACAACACCACUCAAGGAUGAAGAGAAGAAACCCGUCUUAAGUGCCACGCCAGAAACAAAAACAGUUAUACUACAACCCACUAGAUUCCCUGCUUCGGCAACGUCAUCUUCCAGCUUAAGUAUGCCCAGUAAAUAUACUUCAGUUAUAGUGGAAAAACCUCUAUCUGUGGCUAAGAAAUUGGAAACUUCUUUUGGCAAAAAAAUAGAUACUCCCAAAAAAGGUUCUUUGACAGAAUCCUUAAGCGCUCAUUCGCAAACAGCUAAAAAAUUCAUUGAACCAAAUUUACACAAAGAAAUCAUUAAAGUUGAGCCACCAGCCGCUUGUUCGCCAUCCUCCACAUCUUCAACCUCCUCUUCUACGUCAUCAUCAUCAAACACUUCUUCUUCGUCUGGUUCAAGAUUUUUGCCCGACAUGAGUAAAUUGGACAUAUCAGGUAGUUCUUCUUCUACUUCUACAUCGUUAUCUUCACCAUCUACCACUUCGACUUCUUCUACUUCUUACGCCAGUGCUUGUGCCAAGGAAACAAAGGUUUCAUCGUCUGUUAUCAAUAAACCCAAUUCACCAGAUGUUUAUGAGUUCAAGGACAAUGAACCAUUUGAAUUUGAAAUACGGAAAUCACCCAUGGUUCAAUCGCAUACUUCUUCUGUUAUCACCGCCAAUAUAGGAGCGACUGCCAGUUCAAGCACAGCAAUAACACAACGUAAUAAGUCUAAUGUCAAGACAGAGCUUCAUAACACCUUGGGACCAAAUCCUAUGUCAGCCUUGGUUAAUCGUAAAAAACGUGGUUCACCCAUGAAAGAAUCGGUAAUAGAAAAAGCUAAACUUUUAAAAUUGGAAGAAAAGUCCAACACACCCAGUCCCCUAGUAGCAGAUGCCAAAUUAUUGCAUCAUUCAUCAGCAUCCACUACAUCCUCCAGUACGGCCAGCUCUUCUACUCCCAUUAAAACGCAAAUUUCGGCACAAACUAAAACUAACGCUAGUACAACAAUGAAUGCUCCAGCUCUGCCAAAAUCUAUACCACCUACUAAUACUCCAGCCUCUUCGGCUUCUUCUCUAUUAGCUCCGGUAAUAACGCCACAAAAACAGCAAGGAGAAAACUCCGCCUUCGAUACUCUGCGUAAAUCUCCCAGUUUUAAUUUGAACAUAAAUGCCUUAAAUGAGGAAUUGGCACAAACUGUUCAAGAAACUACAAGGGCCUUAACUGAUGCCCUACAAUCACCACAAACACCUGUCAUACCCACCAAUCCUUCAGAGAUUACACCCACAAAGACCUUACCCGAAAAAUCAUCAAAUGUCUUGCCAUCAUCCUCUACAGCGCAUUCUACUUCUACCAUAAAAGCUACUGCAAUAGUUCAACCCAUAGUAGCCUCUCCUAAAUUGUCUACACCUCCUAAUAUGGCCACCACUCCUACCACAAAACCACAAGUUGGCAGCCCUUUCAUAGAAACACGCAGCGUAUUUGAGUUAUCAUUUGGCGCGGGCUCCAGUAGUCGUGAAAAUAAAUUUGAAUUGGAAAAUGCUAAAGUUUUGCUGUCCGCUACUGGUGGAGCUUUUGAUUUUGAUCCCUCUAAAUUGGAAACAAAACCUACCACCUCCUCCAUAGCCGAUAAAGUAUUAAAGGCCAUAUCCCAAAAGAAAGAGGAAGAAGAAAAUAAAAAGCAAGAAGCUGCAGCAGGACAAACGAAAGAUAAAGAGACAGCUGAUACAAAAGAAGAAAAACCCACAAUUUCUAGUUUGCCUUCAUUAUUAACAAGUAGUUUAAAUACAAACACAACUCUCAAAUCUUCGUUGGAAAAUCUAACACAGACAAAUCCAUUUGCCACUAACACUUCGUCAGGUACUUUGCUGAGCGAACCAUUAAAAAUAAACACCGACAUUACUUCAUCAUCCUCCUCAUCGACGGGUCUGUUAAGUGGUCCUCUAAACACCUUCCUGGCAAAUAAGCGCACACCUUUAACUUCCCCUGAACCGAAAAUGGGUAUUUUGGAAUCUAUGGGAGGCACCAAGAAUCAGCUAACGGAGACCAUACAAAAACUAGAAUGUGCUAUACAAAGACGUACACCAGUCACUAGUCAUCCAGUGACACCAACCACUCCCCUAUCUUCUACCAAUCCCGAAACAUUCUCGGAUGAUAGCAACGACAGUACAGACUCUGAACGAAGAUUGGUAAUAGAAGAUGUGGCUGAAGAUUCAGGAGCAACUACCACACCUGUAGAACAGAAACCCAGCCCUGUAUUACUGGGACCAGAGUCGUGUAAACCCUCGGCCACAGCAGUAAAACUGGAAACAACCAUGGGUGCCGCUAAAGUGGCCUAUGCCACACAUCAUGACAUUCCGGCUCCUAUACCCAUUAAAGCUGUUACUUCCACUACUCUAACAAGAAAUCCUUCUUUAACAGCAUCAGUGGUUACUACAGCAUCCACAAAUUUGAUUAGUAUAACGACGUCUAACACUUCGCUAGUAGGUAAAAUAAUACCACAAAAUGCCACCACAUCAGUUGGAUAUCAAAAUGCUCCCAAACCCGUCAUACAAGUCAAUCCACAGCAAACGCUGUCUUCAAGUAAUUUACCACAAACUAUACAGAAAUCUGUAUUAAUAAUGCCCACAGCUGGUGCUCAAAAUCAACAAACUCAAAUUGUUAGUGAGAAAAAGCAAGAGAUUACCUCCCAGAUGGGACAAACUUCAACAGCAUCAACUAUUUCUACGCCCCAUAAACUGGCAACGAGUUCGGUGCGACCAUCGAAUACGGUGGUAACGGCUUCUGCAGGAGUUCCCAUAGUUUUGCCGGAUAUACCCGCUUCAGUAGUUGUUGCUUCCACAGCAGUGCCUUCGGUAAUGGCUGCCGCACAGGCAGCUGCUGCUGCUCUUCAAACUCCCAAGCAAACACCACAAAAACAAUUGCAACAGCAAAGCCAACAAAUAGUAGUAACACAAUCUCAAUCUAUCUCUUUAGCUGCCACCAUAACAAAACCCAAUCUAGUAACCACUACAUCAACUUUGCUAUCAAAUCCUACACAAUCCCACAUCACAGCAUCCUCAAUACAAGCCUCCAAUCCCACAGCAUUUGUGUCCACAGCUAAAACAUUUGAAAACUCUACAACCAUAAGACCCAUACCACAAAAUCUUAAACCUAUUACCACAUCCGGCCUCAUACAAACACCUUCAAAAGGUGGAUUUCAACCACUAUCGGCACCCAGCAAUCCCACACCAGCACCGACUUCAACAUCUGGUUUUUAUCUGGAUCCCAGGACGGAAUUACGGCCAGAUGAUGGUCUAAAGCCUUUGGGUGAUAUACCAAAACCUACAAGUCUGCCAAUAAUAAAUCCCCUGAAUCCACACUCUAAUCUUGCAACUAAAGAAAUAGCACCACCACCACCUUCAGCGCCUUUGGUGACCGUGGCCUCAUCUAUGGCAGCAGCUGAAACAACAACUACAUUACCUGAUCCACACAAUGAUUCCAUUAUACAACUGAGAUGUGAAGAGACCAUACCAGGAAGUCCGGCUUCGGUUAUAACUGGACGUGAAGAUUCUCAAGAAAGAACAGCCACUUCCAUAAUGCCCGACUCAAGUGUUACGGCCGAUAAAGACUUUUCUAAUGUACAAUCAAACAACAAAACCUUGCCAUCUGGUUCUUCUACAACAGCUGCUGCAGCGGUAACAACUUCAGCCACUACUACCACUACAGCUACCACGAGUAGUUCUCCCAACGAUUCGGGCAGUCAGGAAGAUGAGUCCAGUGAAGAUUUAAAGAAAUCGGUAGAUGUAGAAAAUGAAGUAUCGCCACGUAAGCGAAGAAGACCACGUAAACAGGCUGAUAAUAACGCUAUGGUAACGGAACAGCAGCAAACACAAACGCAACAAACUCAACAUCAUCAACACUCAAAGAGACGGAGAGCGUUGCAGUGCAAUAAAAAGAAUACUGCUUCUGAUAGCGAUGACAAUUCCGAUAAUGUUUCACAACGCAGUGCACAUCACGGUACACGACAUCAACAACACAAUUUAUCGCAACAACAAACACAACAAUCUACAACACCAGGUUCUAAACCAUGUCCCUAUAAUUUCCUAGUGCAAUUGGAUCCUUCACUCAAUCCCGACCAGUGUAUAGCAAUUUUAUUAAAACAAAUCCAAGAUUUACGUAAAACGUAUAAUAUAAUCAAAAGUGAUUUGGCCAGUAUUGAUAGGAGACGCAAAAAACUACGUCGCCGUGAACGUGAAAAGAAACAGCAGCAAUUACAAAAUCAACAACAAAUGAAAGUUGGUUCAUAAGAACUAACGCACACUUCAUCAUUUUGUAUAGAAUUGAAGCAUUUCAUAACAUUUUUAUUUUAAAUUCAUGCGUAUUUCUCUUUAUUUUAUUAUUGUUUGUCGAAUUUCAACAAAAUCUUUUUAUGUAAAAAUAUUUGUCUAUAAUUGUAGUCUAGAAUUCCUUAAAGAAUAAUUAUAUUUUCUUGUAAAGAAUGAAAAAAGAACUGUAGGAUAUUUUCCCUUUGAAGGAUAUGAAAGGCAAACAAAUUUUUCUUGUUUUAAUUUGUACUAUUUUUUUUAAGGAAAUAAGUUAAUAUCAAUAUGCAUUAAAGCAAAUAUACACAUAUAUAUUAUAUUAUUAUAUAUAAAUAUAUAGAAAUAUAAUCUGUAGAAUUUACAUCGUAGAAUGUAUAAAUAAUGAAAAAAAAAACACUCAGAUUUUAACUUUUAUUGUGAAUAUAUACAUAUUUGAAAUAAAUAAAGAAAAACAUUUAAUAAUAA